AUGAUGAUGAACAAGCGCCGCCCGAGUCAUUGGAGAGGUGAUUUGGAUGCCUUGGAUGAGUUUUGGGAGGAGCUUUGGUCUGCCGUUGCUUCUCGCGUCGAAGAGAGGACUGCUGCGGUGGGGACGGAAUCUGGGACUUCGACGAUGGCUCCGCCGCCGGUCUUUACGGUUUCGGUGACGACGACGAUCUUGUCGACGACGUUUGUGACGGUGCCGUAUUCGAGUGAGGGUGCUGGGUCUUUGCCGGCUGCUACGGAUUCAGUAUCGUCGAGCAGAACUUCAAUACCGUCGAGUCCAACAUCAAUAUCAAGUACAUCAAGAUCAAGUUCGAGUCUUACGACGACGAAUCUGGACACUGUCUUACCGACGAUUGUCACGGCCAGCUCUCAGAUUCAACUUCCACCCAUAGCCUCAUCUUCGCCAUCAGCCACAUCGCCUGGAAGCUCAGCAGCAAACGAGACGUCAAAUUCAAUGAUUGGGAUGGAUUCGCAAUCCGAGUCGCAGAAGAAAGCUGUCGUGGGUGGACUGUCAGGAACGAUAGCUGGACUUAUCUUCAUCGGGGUGUUAAUCUGCCUGAUCCUGCGUGUACGCCGGAAAAAGCACGAACCCAAGGAAGAGCCUUUCGAUGCGGCGAGCGAGAAAGAAGUACGGCCAAACUUUUUCAGAACAUGGACAGGAAUCACCAUCGCUGGAGGACGGGACCGUCCACGAACCGCCCAACCAAGACCCGAGAGCACCUCCUCAGUCACAGUCGACGAAGACCACCGAAUAAUACGAAUGAACACCCGACAUUGGCCACGCCCUUUUGCCCCAGGAGCAGGCGAAGGCUACAGAGACUCCGUACCUCAUGGCCAACUCCGCGUCAUGAAUCCCGAUCUCUCCUCACGACCCAUCACCCCACGAAGAUCCUCAGACACUCCCUCCAGCUUCCUCCGCAAGCAAAGAUCCGCAUUAACAGGCUUCGUGUUCGGCGCCCCACGAAGCUCACAAUCCCGAAAUUCACAAUCACGAGACCAACAACAACAACAUCCCCUCGCACAGUCCGACAUCCCAACCAUCACCGUCGUCGACCCGACACUCUCACGAGAAUGCAUAGCACCCUACGCCCGAACCCCAUCCUUCAAAUCCUACCCCUCGAUCAACACCCUCCCCAUCGUCCGACAAGAACCACCCGAAGACCCGUUCGUGACCCCACCAAACAACACCCAACCACCACCUCCCAUCCACGACCCCCACCGCGUACGAAGACCCUCCCUCUCCUCCUCCCUGCACUCCACCGCGACAAAAACCUGGUCUCACCUCCUCCAUCCUUUCCGGCCUCACACCACCACCACUACACCAAUCCAAAACGUCCGCAACGCCUCGCACUUCUCCGUUUCGACGAGUAAUUCUAACUCGAAUUCCUCUUAUCGAAGAAGCGAUCCGUUCGAUUUGAGCGUUCGAGGAGGAGGGACGGUGGCGUCGCCGAGGAUGGGGAGUGAGUUUGCGAGACGGGGGAGUGAGAGUGCGAGUUGGAUUUUGUAUGAGGGGACGUAA